UAGUCCGGGUACCGCUUCUAGUCACUUCCUUGUCCUGCGGAGAGCAGAAAGCAGUGACGUCGGCGGACCGGUCUGCAGGGUGGCUCUAAAACACCGCAGAGAGGAACCCGAGGAGAACCCGGAGAAACGACCCACGCCGGCGUGCGCACACAGACCAGACACUUCAUCUGUGCGGCUCGACGUGUCACGCGCGCUGAAUCCUAAAAAAUGUUUUGCUGUGGACCACGACGAUAGGCUGGCGGUUAACAAGCGACGCUAGACGGGGAGAACAGCCGUUCCCAGCUGCCCCACGGUCUAUGUGUCCGUGUGCGGUGCACCGGUGACCAUGUCCUUGGUGAAGAAGAGUGAAGAGGAUCGUCGAUGGCUGCCAACGCACGUGCAGGUAACUGUGCUACGGGCCCGAGGGCUGCGCGCGAAGGGAAAACACGGUACCAGCGACGUUUACACCAUCAUCCAGCUGGGCAAAGAGAAAUAUUCCACGUGCUUGAUGGAGAAGACCACGGACCCGGAAUGGGGCGAGGAAUGCGCGUUCGAGCUGCAGCCGGGGAUCCUGGAGGAGGGAGGGCGAGACGCGUACCCACCCGGUAGUGGCGACCUGACUCUCACCGUUAUGCACAGAGCUCUCAUAGGACUGGAUGUGUUUCUGGGCCAGGCUGUUAUACCUCUGGACGAAGCUUUUCAGCAGCGGAAAUGCAUGAAAAAUGAGUGGUACAGGCUGCAUUCUAAAACCGGCAAAAAGGAGAAAGAACGAGGGGAGCUUCAGCUGACCGUACAGUUCACUCGGCACAACCUGACGGCCAGCAUGUAUGACCUUUCCAUUAAGGACAAACCUCGUUCUGCUUUUGACAAGCUCAGAGAACGCAUGAAAGCUAAGAAGAGCCGUAAUGAAGAAGAGUCCUCUUCUGCUAUUGUCCCUGGAGGAUACGGAGCACUGGCACGCAUGCGAGGGCGGCUGCCGAGCGAUGGGGGCGGUGAGGAAGAGUACGAGGAUGAUGAAGGCGGGGAGGUCCGCAGGAGUAAGAUGAGAAGUUUUUUCCUGCGUGGGAAGUUGAGGAAGUCUUCAGACACGCGUUCAAGCACGUCACUGGGCUCCGAGAGCAGCGAGUCUUCAUCGCGGGGCGGCAGCCUCAGCCCGACGGCAGGUAUCAGCGUGGUGGUCUCAGAUCUGUCCAACUCUCCGAGUAACAGCAGCAACCUGACUGCAGACAACAGUCCUGAACACACAGUGGCUCCCUCACCACAGGUUUCUCCCGUCAGACAUGUGAUGUACGACAUCAGCUUACCAGUGCCUCAUUCUCUGACAUCAGAGUACGACACCACUAUUCUGCUUCCUUCGGUGUGUGUGAAUGGGAAUCCGGUGGAAACAUCUCCUCUCACUCACCACCCACCAUCACUCGUAUUACAGCAACCACAGCCAGAGACAGCCAAACCAAUAACUCAAAAGUCAGGUCAACCACAGGCAGCCAUGCUUCCAGCUAAGCCUCAGAAAACCGAUGCAACUCAACCGAUAUCCCAAGAGACACAGCUAACCAAGUCCAAGCCAAGGCCCGAGCCCCUGCUCCCAGCCCUCGGGGUGCUUCAGAAGGGCUCCUCUCUCUCCCUCUCCCUGCAGAACCUCUCUCGCCGUGGGGAAGACAAGCAGAGCGGCGGCCCUGUGGAUGGCCGUCGCUGGUCCUUUGAUAAACCUGGAGAGGAAGAAAAAGCCGCCAUUGUAGCAGCAUUAGAGCAAGCUGGAAGAGUCACAGAUGAGGUGGAGAUUGAAACAGUGAUACCUGCUGGAGAGACUCAGAGCAAGAAAAGGAAGGGCCUGUUCUCACAUGGGAAAGGUGAUUCGGCUGGGAAAGGACCAAUCGCAGGCAAAGGGGAAGCAGAACAUGCUCAACCCCAUGUAGAAGUCAAACAUAAAGGAUGGUUCAGCUCCAAGGACUCACACAGUAAACCCAGUCCACACCCAGUGAAGCCAUUGACACCUCCUGAUGAGAAAAGGUCGGAGGGUCGCUCCGUACUAGAGAAGCUUAAAUCUACCAUCCACUCAGGACGAACAGGCCAGGAUGCUGACAAGAAGCCACUUGUGGAAGGAGGAGGCUCGUACUAUCACCUGAACCACAGCGAACUAGUGAGUUUGCUGAUCCAGCGGGAUACUGAGCUCAGGCAGGAGCAGGAGGAGUACGAGAAGCGAGGGGCACUGCUGGAGAAGCGCGAAACUGAGCUUAAGAAGAUGAAGGUUCUGAUCAGAGAUCUAGAGGAUUACAUCGACACACUUCUUGUACGCAUCAUGGAGCAGACCCCAACUCUGCUGCAGGUUCGCUCCAAGAUGAAAUGAUACAACAAACACCUCCACUAUCCCUCCACAUAUCCUGGAUGGAUGUCACAACCCUGCACCGCUACAGCAACCAUAUAAAUGUAGAGAGCUAUCUGGCGCUAUGUGAUGGGUCUGGAGGAGAGGUUAUAGAUUUGGUGUUCUUAAUUGUGUCCAAAAAUACCUGGGUCUCUACUGGGGUACGUAUUCAUUGCAGGUUUGCAUUGAUAAUUAAAGGUCGGCACUCUGCUGCUAAACUUUAAAGCUGAUAAGAUCCAUUUUGACAUGUGUCAGCUGAUAUUCAUUCACUAGACAUGUCUCUAAGACACAUGCCAGUCUAGCUAUGUACCAAAACCACCUGUCAAUCGAAAGGAUGGCAUGACUGUGACAUCCCAGUCUUCUAGUGAUGGUGUGAAUGGUUUUUAAUGCAUGAAGAAAAACAUUGAUUUAUCUUUUGUUUGUUCUGUUAUGUUUUAACAUGUAAUGCUCAGCUGCUGGAACAGAGAACAAAAUAAUGAUUUUGAGAUCACUUGAAAGUAUACGAGAGAGAGAGCUUUAGUCGUAGAAAACAGGAAAGAGAUCAAAAUCAGGCAGUUUCAAAUCGGCUUGUGCCUCCCUACAUGUCUUCCGCACUUUACUUAAGAGCUUAAGGGUAGAGGCUCACACCAACUGACCUUCUAGCUUCGGUUUGUAGGUCAGUGUCCUUCCUCUCCCUUCCUUUGCUUGAGCCAAUGCACAUACAUCGCUGCCAGUGCUUUCAGGUGUAAUGAAUAGGAUAUAUACUGUAUUCAUUGCAUAUAUGCCACUCUGACAAAAUGCCAGAUGCUGCCUUAUCAUACAGUAUUUUCUCCAUUCUGUUCUCGCUGAAAUCACCACUUUUUAUUAGAUUGCACAUUAUAUUAUAAAAGUAAUGGCGGAGGAGUGUUUCAAGUUCAACUUUCCCAAGACUGUUAGGAAUCUAAAUGAACAAAUGGAUCUGAACAGAGAACAAGAGCCAUGAAAACAGCAAAUGCCAGAAAUGAUUUGCUCUAAAUCCACGUUACAGUAUUCUCAAUACCACAACAGCUCUGUUAAUGUUACUGUAAUGUAAUUCUGGUUUUUCUAAGAUGUCGCCACUAUCAGUGUUGCCACUGUCUGUGUACACUGUAGCACUAUAUGUAGAUGUGUAAUAGAGGCGUAGGCCGCAGCACUUUUAAACCUCACACGAGGCAUUUACAACAGUUCUUUCUCAACAGCUUAGGAAGUGCACGUAGUCAAACACAAAUGUUCACUGCACAGACUAAUCAUCUUUUAAACACAGGAAAUUCAUGUUGUUUCACUGCUAGUCCCUGCUAGAAAGUUCAAUAUCUAUCAAUAAUAUUUCUGAGAAGAAGAACUUAAGGACUCGUGUGCACUGAAGGUUUGUCUGUUAGACAUUUGUUGGUGGAUUAAUGAAUGUUUUUUUUUUAAGGCUUAACGUAAAAGUUUACAGUUUUUCAAGAAUGUUACAUUUUAAUCAUGCAAAUAUCUAUUUAUGUUUUUUUAUUAUAUUUUGCUUUGUGGCAAGGUUUUUUUCUCACCUUUUCAUUUGGGUGGUCUAAAGGUCUGUACAGUCCUUUAAAUGCUGUUUGUGUUCAUUGAGAUUUCUAAAGGUCAGUAGUAAUAGAAAGCAAUAGAUGUGAAGGCCAGGCUUUUGCAGAAUUUAAGAGAUUCAUACUUUUCUAGGUCUAAACAGAUGGAAUGUAAUAUGAAAUGUUUGCUUAGGUUGCCAGUGUGUUAAACAGCAGUGUUCAUAAAUAUUAACCAACAGACACACAGCUUGCAGUCUAGUAAGAAGGUGUGUUCAAGUGCCCUUGGCUGAAUGUUUUCAUGAAAUGUCAUGAGAUGUGUGUGCAGAAGAAGAUUUGUAUGCUUUUAAUGGUGAAGAUGAUAAUCAAAGCUACAUUUGUAUGUAGUACAAACUCUGGAACUUGCAAAUAAAAACUUGUGUUUACUAUA